UGUGGAUGACGGACCGAGUGGCGUGGUCGUGCAAGUCUCCUGCGGCUGCCCCGCCGUCGGCUGGAUGGGGCAUGGCGGAGAUGGUGGAGAAGAGCGACGCGAGGGUCGUCGAGAUUACAGCGAGUGA